GAGAGAGAGAGGGGAGGUGGGGAGAGAGAGAGAGAGAAAGUGCCACUGGAUAUAAUUGAUUGUCUCGCUAUCAACAAUAACUUGUUAGUAUAGUCAAUUGCAGCUGCUUUCCAGGCUCAGUGCGCGCGCUGAGGUAUCAGAGGCUGUGGGAUUGUUUGUGGCAGAACUGGACCGCCAUCCAGGAGCUGUAGCCGAGAGAAGUGAAGGCACUUUAAAGGACCUUAAGUUCUCCAAGCCUGCGGCAAAACGAGCCUGAAGACAGCGGGCAUGUAAUUCCACACACCCGCCGAGCGCAUCGUCUCACUCGCUUCCCUCCAAACCCAGCGCGCCUGUACGAGCGGAGCCGCUGAGCUUUCUGCUCAUUUCUUUUGUUUUUGAGACACGCGAGCGUUUUCAAAACGAGCUGAGGGCAAACUGAAGAAAAUGAGCUCCAAAGAAGAUGCGAAAGGCGCCUCAGUGGAGGACAGGAGGCGCAGUCCUCUGGACCAUCUCCCUCCUCCAGCCAACUCCAACAAGCCCCUGACGCCCUUCAGCAUUGAGGACAUCCUCAACAAGCCCUCGGUCAAGCGCUCCUACUCGCUGCUGCCCGCCGCGGAGAAGGCCACUCCGGCAGGACACCCGCUCUCCUCCCGCGCGCUGCUCACACACACCUCUCCUCUGUGCGCGCUGGAGGAGCUCGCCAGCAAAACCUUUAAAGGGCUGGAGGUCAGCGUGCUGCAGGCCGCCGAAGGCAGGGACGGUAUGACUCUGUUCGGUCAAAGGAACACUCCUAAGAAGCGGAGAAAGUCCAGAACUGCCUUCACCAACCAUCAGAUCUACGAGCUGGAGAAACGCUUCCUGUAUCAGAAGUAUUUGUCCCCCGCUGACCGGGACCAGAUCGCGCAGCAGCUCGGCCUGACCAACGCGCAGGUCAUCACCUGGUUUCAGAACCGGCGCGCGAAGCUCAAGCGCGAUCUGGAGGAGAUGAAGGCGGACGUGGAGUCAGCCAAAGCCCUCGGCUCCGUGUCCUUUGAAAAAAUGGCCAAACUGGCCGAUCUGGAGAAGUGCGCGAACGGCAUCUCCGGCGGCAGCGGCGGCGGCGGAGCGGCGGCGCGCGACUCUCCCGCGCUCCCCGGGCACGAGCGCGAGGGUGCGAGCCGAGCGCCAACGUCACCGGCCUCCCCGUUCACAGACCACACAACCAGCAAAGAGUGCUCGGAGGACGAGGACGAGGAGAUCGACGUGGAUGACUGAUGGAGCUGCACGCGCUUUUUGAACUGCUCCUCCUUCAAAAGCCCUGCAGAGCUUAAAGUGCCAUUAAUGCACCAAAUGUAUUUAAAUGACUUAUGACAAAGAAGAAGAAGAAAAGAAAAAACAAAAACAGAGAAAACUCAAAACAAGCAUGGACAGUUUCCUCAGAUCUAUUUAUGCAGUGACAGCGAUCUAAAUAUCACAA